AUGGCAUCCGUCGAUCCGACGUACCCUCUAUACCCCAUCGCAUGUCUACUAGCCUCGCUCAUGCUCCUUCUCGUACUUCUAACGAACUUCAUCCGACAUAGCUGGAACCUUGGUAUCGCCUUCCUGUGUUUCUGGCUUUGUGUCGAGAAUCUGACCGGAUUCAUCGACACUGUCGUCUGGGCUGACAACAACGAUAUCAAAUUCUACAUAUACUGUGACAUCAGUACACAUAUAGAGGUGAUCACAAGCGUAGUCAAGCCCAUGGCUACCUUGAUCAUCACUCGCCGUUUGUACUUGAUCACAAGUCUUCGCUCUAUGGAUUUACCAAGCAAGACCGCGAGAAGGAUCGAUCUUGUAAUGGAAUGGGCACUAGGCUUACUCAUACCUUUAGUCGUGGCGGGGCCCUUCUAUUACACAGUACAGCUAUAUCGAUUCGGAGUUAUCGGAGGGUUUGGAUGUGUGACCACGACAGACGACUCGGUCGUUGCUAUCUUGCUGAUAUUAUCUUGGAACGUGGUCCCCCCGAUUCUUUCCAUAACUAUCUACUAUCCUCGUGCGAUGUGGAUCCUCUAUCAUCAAAGACGAGACAUACACGAGUUUCUGCAGAGCGACAACUCGGUCUCGCGAACAAACUACUUUCGCAUCCUCGCCCUGGCGAGCAUAGAUAUCUUUCUGACUUUGCCCAUCGGCAUCGUCACUAUAGUGCUUGCAGUGUCAGCGGGCACUGGGAUCAGCACCUUCCCUGUUUACAGCGGCUGGAAAACCAUUCACAGCCAUCAGUGGGGGCCAGUUGCGAUCCCGGGAGGGCUGGUCAGCAAUGCGCAGUUGUAUUUCGUACAUUGGACAUCUCCCGUCCUCGCGUUCACGAUCUUUGGUCUCUUCGGAGUCACAAGGGAGGCUCGCGCAUCAUACUGGCGCGCUAUUUGCACGGUCGGGGGACGGUUCGGCUGGAAACCAACCCUUCGCGCCCGUCGCGCGGCGCGUUCGACGCUUGGCACGAUGGAAUUUGGAGAUAGAACGCGGGAGCACUCAGUCGACCUCGAGAUUGGAUCGCGCCCAAGCUUCAUCGAUCAGACUAUUCGCCCUCGAGAAGAAAGCGAAGGCAACCCAACAGGCCACCAUGUAGCCGCGGAGAAAGUAGAAGACUCUAUUCGUGAGCAAGACCAUACACCACACACGGAGUCUAAGGACUAG